UGGAAACGACGUGUGCUCUACUAAUUUUAUGCCAAAGGUGUAUUUUACUAAUUUUCUGGCACGUAAUGCAGUCCCUUGUAUCAGACCCCGUGCAGUUUCUGCAACCGUUUAGGUGAUUAACAGGUUAAUGUGACAAGGACCUGGAGCUUUGCAGCGUCGCCUAGUUUUACUCAGCGUGACUGCGUCCAAUCGGCUCAGGAUCACAGCCGGACAAAUGGAGGUUGAGGCGGCUGAGAAGGGGACGGGACGUCGCAGGCUGCUGCGGCUGACCAGAGUGGAGUCUUUCUGUGCAGCUCACCGGCUCCACAGUAAUUUCUUGAGUGCCGAGGAUAACAAGAGAAUUUUUGGAAAGUGCAACAACCCAAAUGGCCAUGGUCAUAACUACAAAGUGGAAGUUACAGUAUGUGGUGAGGUCAAUCCAGUCACUGGGAUGGUGAUGAAUAUCACAGAACUGAAGGAACACAUGCAGGAAGUCAUUAUGAAGCAACUUGACCACAAGAACCUGGAUAAGGAUGUUCCAUUCUUUGCUAAUAAUGUUAGCACCGCUGAAAAUAUAGCGAUCUACAUCUGGGAAAACCUACAGACUCUCCUCCCACCGAAACUACUCUAUGAAGUAAAAGUAUACGAAACUGAUAAGAAUAUUGUUGUUUACCAUGGGGAAUGAAAAAAUCCUGCUGAGUUUUUGUUGCUCAUACUGAGCUGUAGUUGACUCGGAACAUAAAGGGCAUGUCCCACUUAGGCAAUUUUUUUUGGCAACUGCCAGCGACUGUCACAGUCAUAGCAGACUGACGAAAAAGUGGCAAUUGUCCCCCCCCCCCUCCUCUACGACAAUGUCUACGCCAACCUACCACCUAGUCGACUUCAAGCUACUGACAACCGUCGAUCCAUUAGGACGUCCACCUACGACCACACAGGGACAACCUACGAAAACCAAAGUCAACCCACGUUCACCUGUGACAAGCUAAGACAAGCGACGACCCUGAAGGCAACUGAAGACGAUUCCGUCGCCGGUACCUGCCGCUGGUUGGCGUAGGUUGACGUAGGUAGUCGCCAAUGGAAUUCAACGAAGUCAGCACCCGGCAAAAACCAACAUCACCUGGCGACAACGUGCGCCAUCCUGGCGACAACCUACGACAGAACCUACGACAGAAGACAAGCUACGUCAAGCCCACAGUCGCCAAAAAGUUCUGAACAUUUCAAAAUCCAGCGGCAACCAGAAAAACAUUACAACUCUUUAGGCGACUUGAGGAGACGACUCACGACCAUACGGGCAUCAUCUCGCGACCAUCUGGCGACGGCCUAGUCGCCUGUAGUCACUGAAAAAAUCGUCUAAGUGAGACAGGGGCUUAACUGGCCCAUGAAAGACCUUUAUACCUUUGCUCUUUCUACUCCAUUAAAUUCUAUUCACUCUGUAAUUGAUUUACUAAGAUUCGAAAGAGAUCUCUGAAAGGUUCCAAUAGUCCAUGUUGCUGUAAAGACACUAACAUUUCAUCAUCCAGAGUUGUUCUUCAAAGUUGCUUCAGUUUGUUCACUCGUUGAGUGAAGAAUUGUCCUAAUUUAUAUGCCCUAUAUGCGACUUAAUUUAAAAUAACUUUAGACUGGGUGUGGAGGCCCAAGGACCUGCAAAUGUUGCAGCGUUGAGCAAAACAUAAAAUGCUGGAGUCAGAAGAAGGAUCCUGACCCAAAGAUCGUCCGCAAUCAAUAACCCGUGCCCGCCUUCUCCCCAUAUCCCCUGAUUCCACUAGCCCCUAGAGCUCUAUCUAACUCUCUCUUAAAUCCAUCCAGUGAUUUGGCCUCCACUGCCCUCUGUGGCACGGAAUUCCACAAUUUCCAGAAUCAUGUCGAGGACUAUUGAAGACAUGUCGUAUCUGCCAUUGCCAGGAACACUGGAGAUGUUUACUCUGUUGCUGAUCGUGUAAUAAAACAAUUCUCUUGAACAUAUGAUUGAAUCAGAAUCAUAUUUUAAUACAGCAGUGUUCCACAAAGC